AAGUCCCAGGUAAAGUAUAAAGCAUGACACACAACAACCAGUCAGAUCCCCUCUUACACAAACAUCAUUGCCUCCUCUGUGAAGAUGUCCAGCUCUCAAACAACCACCACUAAUGGGGUGGUGGUCAUCACCCAUGUCUACCCCUAUGGGAACGGGAUGGGGGUCGCGGGGGUCYCUUCUACCCCUCACUGUCUGGGACAGACGGUUUUCUCAGUGCUGGGAAGUUUCCGGGCAGGGCAUCCAAAAGCGCUUGGGACCGUACAGAUCAUGAUUGGUUUGAUGAUGCUGUUAACAGGAAUUGUGAUGGCUACAGCCCCGUGGUUGGAUAAUAUUGGAGUAGUCAGUGGAAUAUUUGUCUGGGGAUCGAUCAUUUAUGUAGUUGCAGGCUCUCUCACUGUUGCCGCUGACAACAAACUGAACAAAUGUCUGAAUGAAUGUUGUCGCCACGGUUACUGCUCUUACUGGCAUCAUCCUCCAUUCUUUAGACAGUGCUGGGAUCAUGUUGUACUGUGACWKUKCAUACGAUUUCUGUCAACAGUACUSGGUAUAUACCAAAUGCUUUUAA